AUUUCCUAAAGGACAAAGACGAACUGGAACAGUAUUACACCAUCUCGGAUUCUAUUUCUGAAAUCUCGGUAAAAAUAAAUAAAAGUUUCAUGGACUUGAGUCCUGGAACAAGGCGACGCAAAUUUUCUAAUAUAAUCGAACAGGACCUCGACAAUUGCGACAUUGUAUUGCCAAGUCCUGAAAAUGAGAAUAAAAAGGAGUUUUGCAAGUAUUUGCAACUAAUGAAGCCUACUGAUAAGAAAAAAAGCGUUAUUAUUGUACAAAAUAGACAUUCGAAGAGAAUUAAGAAUUUGUCCCAGCAGGAGCUGGAGAAAAAAUCAAGAACAUUGAUUUCUGAUCAAGAAAAUGAUUCAAUUAAUAAAUCUGAAGAGAAAUUACUAGAGCAUAAAGCCCCUCCUAAACCGCCUGACAAAAUUGAUGUUAUUGAUUUUGAUGGAAUUGCAGAAGAAAAUUGGUUCAAAGAGUUGGCAAAUAGAAAACCAAAGAGAACUGCAGUAAAACGGAAAUCAAAUGUUUAAAAGGAAACAAAUAUUCCAGCUAGAACAGAAGAAGAACUAUUUGAUUCAAAUAAUAAUAGAAGUAAAUCUAGAGGACCUGCAAUUAAAAGAAAUUCAGUUGAUGCAUUAAUAGAUUCCGUUAUUAAAAGUAAAUCUAAUAGGAGGGCCAAGAGUAAUAAAAGGCUUAAUGGUGCUCAGAUUAAAAAUGGUUUAAAUGGAAAAGCCAAAGAAAUUGAAGAAAAUGAUUUAAUCAACAUUAAAACUCGGUCCAUGGAGCCUAUAAUCAAUAACAAUGAAAUUAAGGAUUUAACACAAACUGCUAAGACAAAUGAUCAGGCUUUGAUUAAUGAACCAGCAAAAGUAGGAAAGAGAAAGGCAAACAAUUCAAAACAAGCGUCUAAGGUGAAAGGUCCAGGCUUCAAAAUAAGACUUUCUUCUGCCAAAAGAGGAAGAAACACUAAUUCCAAUACUUCAACAAAAUCUGCCCCUAAACCCAGGCAAGCAAAAAGAAAGAAGAAUAAUUCAGCAAUAAAUGAGAAAGAUUUUGACAUUGCAACCAAUGCUAUACAAGAACACAUAAACUUGUUAAAAAAACCAGAAAAUCCUGCGGAAAUAUAUUUGUCGGAAAGCAGUUGUUCUGAGGUUGAACCUGAAACUUCAUUUGGAUCACAAUUGAAAAACUGGCCUAGAAAAAACUCAAACUUAACAAUAAAAAAGAUUUGUAUUCACGAAUCUGAUCCGCCUUCAACGGCAAAUAAAUCUUUGGAGAGGCACGACAGCGCUAUACAAACAGACCCGGAAGUACAACAUGAAUUUCACUCACAAAUUCUCAACAUUCAAAAAACUUCUGAUGAAGACUCGGAAGAAGAAUUAUCUGAAAAGUCAAGUUCACCUCCAGCAUCUGACCAGUUUACUGAUUACGCCAAACAGCAAACAGAAGACGCGAAAUGGAUCAACACUAAAAAGCAACUGGAAAAUCAAAAUUCAAUCACUGUAAAUACGGGGCAAGGUCCAAUAUUGAAGAUUUUUUAUGUGGAUUUUGAUUUGGUACUUUGUCAGGAGUUGUUGGUGUCGUUUUGGUAUCAGUCAGCACCUGGAAACGUUUUAGGCGCUCAGGAUAUGUGGACGAGCAAAGGCAGCAUCCAAAGACAACCCAUGCCCAACAAUUGCACCCUCAAAGAAUCCUUGGAAAUGGUCGCCUGCAGCUAUUUCAGUUUGGCGUACAUCGAACUGUGGACCAAAGAGCACGAGAACUAUCAGCAAGAAGUUCCCGUCACAAAUGUUUACGCUGUAGUCUAUUUUUGGAUGAAACAAUAUAACGGAUCGGUGAAAAAGGUGUUGCAACUUGGAAAUAUUAAUGGAUUUGCAGAUGAUAUUCAAUAUUCCAUUGUCAAAUCUUCACCGAAAAUCGUGGUGAGCUGGCAUUUUACUGGAAACGAAAUGAAUAGGAAAAAAACCUAUGUUUACUGUUAUCAAGUGGCGUCAGAUUUUCAAUCUAUAUGCAAUGUUGAUAAUUUUGAAGCCGUGGAUCAUUAUGUUUCGUCACUGCACAAUAUUGAAGGUUGUGACACAUUAAUCAUGGGCUGUGGGGAAAACAAAAUCACCCUUUGGAAUAUCGAAGGCGGUCGUUUGGCAGCUACCAUUGAAAUGACCGAAAUAAAGUCUCCACUUGCCACUCUAUGGGUCAAAUGCGAUAGGGGAUUUUUAUUCACAUUGCAACAAUGCGUGGACAGGGAAUUGAGACUGAUUGCUAUACACAGCAUGAACCAUUCUUGGAAGAGAUUGGCUAGUUAUAAACCACCUCUUGUUUAUGACAGAUUAAAAGGUGUCUGUGUGGAAAACGGUGUAGUUUUAGGCUUCUACGACCAAGGCAUUGUUUGUUGGAAUGCCAAAACCGCAGAAAUCGUAGUGGAAAAUGCGGGGCGCACGGAAACUGAAUAUAUUUCUGGUAAUUACUUAAUAAGUGUUGCCGGUAAUGAAGUUAAUGUCCAACACGCCUUUAUUAGUUUACUGAAAUUAGGAUAUUGGAACUAA